GGCCCGGCAGAAGAGGGACCCAUCUGGUGCGCGUGCGCAAGCGUGGCGUGCCCUCGGCGCACUGAGCACGCGCGGCUUCGUGUUGGCUGGAGGAGGCGGGUGCAGCGGCACGCGCUGCGUCCCGGCGUCCUGCUCCCCUCCGCCGGUCCCGCCCUCCGUCGCGGCGGCGCGGUGCACCCUGGGAUAGGGAGCGAUCUCCGAGCGAGGCAGCAAGAUGGACGCGGGAUUCUUCCGCGGAACAAGUGCAGAACAGGAUAAUCGGUUCAGCAACAAACAGAAGAAACUACUGAAGCAGCUGAAAUUUGCAGAAUGCCUAGAAAAAAAGGUGGACAUGAGCAAAGUAAAUUUGGAGGUUAUAAAGCCUUGGAUAACAAAACGAGUAACAGAAAUCCUUGGAUUUGAAGAUGAUGUUGUGAUUGAGUUUAUAUUCAACCAGCUGGAAGUGAAGAAUCCAGACUCCAAAAUGAUGCAAAUCAACCUGACAGGAUUUUUGAAUGGGAAAAACGCUAGAGAAUUUAUGGGAGAGCUUUGGCCCCUACUGUUAAGUGCACAAGAAAACAUCGCUGGAAUCCCUUCUGCUUUCUUAGAACUUAAGAAAGAAGAAAUAAAACAGAGACAGAUUGAACAAGAAAAAUUGGCAUCUAUGAAAAAACAAGAUGAAGACAAAGAUAAGAGGGAUAAGGAAGAAAAAGAAAGUAGCAGAGAAAAGAGAGAGAGGUCUCGAAGCCCAAGAAGACGCAAAUCCAGAUCUCCUUCCCCUAGAAGACGGUCUUCCCCUGUCAGGAGAGAGAGAAAGCGCAGUCAUUCUCGAUCUCCCCGUCACAGAACCAAGAGCCGGAGUCCUUCCCCUGCUCCAGAAAAGAAGGAAAAAACUCCAGAGCUCCCAGAACCUUCAGUGAAAGUAAAAGAACCUUCAGUACAAGAGGCCACAUCUACAAGUGACAUCUUGAAAGUUCCCAAGCCUGAACCUAUACCAGAGCCUAAAGAACCUUCUCCUGAAAAAAAUUCCAAAAAAGAAAAGGAAAAGGAAAAGACUCGCCCAAGAUCUCGGUCACGUUCCAAAUCAAGAUCACGGACGCGUUCUCGGUCUCCUUCUCAUACUCGCCCAAGACGGCGCCAUAGAUCCCGAUCAAGAUCAUAUUCGCCUAGAAGGCGGCCAAGCCCAAGAAGGCGGCCAUCUCCUCGAAGAAGAACUCCACCGAGACGAAUGCCUCCUCCACCAAGGCAUCGAAGGAGUAGAUCUCCUGUUAGACGAAGAAGGCGUUCAUCAGCAUCCUUGUCUGGGAGUAGCUCAUCAUCCUCUUCAUCUCGUUCCCGGUCACCGCCAAAGAAGCCUCCCAAGAGGACAUCUAGCCCCCCUCGAAAAACUCGUAGGUUAUCUCCUUCAGCAAGUCCUCCUCGGAGAAGACACAGGCCAUCACCUCCAGCAACUCCUCCACCAAAAACUCAUCAUUCCCCAACACCCCAGCAGUCAAAUCGUACAAGAAAAAGUCGUGUUUCUGUGUCUCCAGGGAGAACUUCAGGUAAAGGUAAAAAUCAAACACACAAAAACAUCAUGUUCUCUCUUUGGCUACUCAGAGCAUACUAUCUGUGGUUGUCCCCUGUUCACUCUCGAAGU